AUGAAAUGCGAGGAAAUUUGUUUGCACGUUCGUAAUUCGUAUUUCGUAUUAUUCGCCGCCGUCCGGGUUCGGGAUCUGAAUAUCCGAUUCCACUUCCGUGUCAAUAUUCCUAGACCCUAUAGUUCCAACGACGGUCCUGACCUAUCAUCGCUGACCCUUUGCAAAUUCGCAACGGCUCUGGUCGAAGUAAAUUCACGCCUGGGCUAUGCGGUCGAGCAGUCUCAGCACAACCAGAUAUUUUAUUAA